GAGGAGGAGGAGGAGGAGGAAGAGGAAGAGGACGUCAGAUCUAUAUUCAGAGACAUCCAUUCGGUUUGACUCCAGAUCUGUGUUUAUAAGACAUUCAGCACUUUGUUAUUAGUAAAUCUAGUCUUGCCUGCAAUGGCCGUUGCUGGAGUUACUAAACUUGCUGGUAUUUUAGAAGUCUUUGCAUUUAAAGCAAGUGGAGAGAAAGCUAAACCGCUGCUUGCUGAAGCAGGCAAACAACUCAUCAAACAAUUUGCCCUUAAAGGAUGAGGUUGCUGGAGGAGCUGGAGGAGCUGGAGGAUUUGCGUUUGCACAACUGGAAGGAAAUGAUCAAGAACAAUCACGUGACUGAAGCGAGCCAAUCCAUGAGAGAUACCGCCGACGCCUUGGACCAGAUGUGCCGGACGCUGAGGACUCAGUUCGACGACAUGAAGACGAUGAUGGCUAACAGGCAACGAGAACACCAGGAAAGGCUGAAGAAAGAGAGGCAGGAGAAAGAAUGGUUCCCAAGAGGACGACAGGAACACAGGAAUCUAAAGAUGGCGUUGAGCUUUCUGAUUAUUUUUCUGUUUCUGUUUCAAGGUUCCAUUUUCUGUAAAACAGACAAAGAUAUGAGUUUGAGUUCAGAGCGAAGCAUCCAAGGGAAGGAGACUGAAUCCCACAUGGGUUUAAGACAUGAGGAAGAAAGACAGGGACAUCAAACAGAGCGGACAGGAAGUGAGUUAGAGAAAGGGAGUGAGUGGACAGGAAGUGAGAGCAUCCAAAGAGAAACCCCAUUCGUCAGGGCAACGUUGUUAAAUGUUAACUCGAUGAACAAAAAAACAUCCAACAUCUCAGAGUUCAUCACCAACUGGACGUCCUUUUCUCAACUGAGACGUUUUUAAAGUUGGACACGGCAGACGACGUCCUCAGGGAGGCUUCGCCCCAAAACUUCACAUCCUUCCAUCAUGUGAGUGAACUCAUCGGGCGUAGAGGGGUAGCUAUCCAGGUCUCUCCAGUGUUGCAUGAUGAACAAAUUCAGUUUGACAACAUAAAGACCUUUGAAUGUGUGGUGACAGCUCUGAAACAUGACGAGUGGGAAGAACCCGUCCUGAGCAUCAACCUCUAUCGCCCACCAGAGAAAACCCUGACCACCAUCAGCAACUUCCUGAAAGAGUUUCAGGAACUCUUGAAUGAGAUUUCCCAAAACAACAUCAUUGUGACCGGAGAUUUCAAUAUCUGGGUUGAUUGUGACUGGAGGACCCAUGCUGACGACUUUCAUUGGUUUCUACUGAUUAACGGCUUCGACAUGCACCCAAGGGAGCCGACCUACCCCUCCGGUCACUUUCUGGAUCUGGUCCUCACCAGAAAUGUUGACAUUUCUGACGUUGAAGUCCGGGACGACCAAAUAUCAGAUCAUAACACUGUGUAUUUCAACUGGAGGCCAGUGCCGAAAAAUAAAAGGAAAAAACAAGACGAGGAUGGGAAACGAUUUAAAAAGGGUUAAAAAUGUAACUUUGACUUUCUCAAAGUAUUAAGUAACACAGGACUCGUUUAAAGGUGGGGUCGGUAAGUUUGAGAAAGCGGCUCGUGUCUCUUCAGAUUAUUAAUGAUUGUAGUCUGAGCCCAAAGUCUGAAUGCAUUAGAUGUUGCUUUGAAAGGGAAAGAUUGUGUGAGGUUGAAUUGAUCUGUGCGUCAGUUAUUAGUUUGAACAAAGAGCUGCCAUCGUCUCCUGAUGAGGUUUCUUUAUGAUCCUUUGAUUCUUGUUGCUGUUGAACUCUGAUUGGUCAACGCAGAACUUUUUCAUUUUGUAAAUUGAUCUCAAGACGUACCAUAGUGUUUAAUGCUUUUACAUAAAUGAACAUGUGUUAUGAUGAGUGUGGUCAGGCAGCAGAGAUCAGCCGCUUACCAUCAAACUGAGAUCAUGUCAUAUCAAAAUGGAGUUUCUAUAUCUUUGAAUAAAUGUUUAAAAACA